AUGUAUCAUGGACCAACCUUCUUAUUGGUUUUAUUGUUAGAGGAUUUACAUAAGAAGAGCUUCAAAUCUGUUAAAUCUAAGCCUAAAGGUCAACUCAGAAAGCCACGUUCAGUACUUAAAGACAUUACUAAUAUAGCUCAUUUGCGUCAAAUAAAUUCACAUUCACCAUCAAAAAGUGAAGUGGAUGGAUCAACUCAUAGCAUAGACGAAGAUGAUGAGAUUGUUGGAAAUGAUUUGUUUGGAGGUACCGUAUCUAAGUUUCUUUCUUUUUAUAAUUUAGAAGUUUAUACACUUAUGCAGCUAUAUGUAAAUACAUUCACAGGGAUUAUUCAUACAGAUCAUCAACAAGUUUUUGACUGUAGUUCUCCAGAGAACAGUGACACAGAAAAUGAUGAAUCCGAGUUCGAUGAUUCUAUUGAUGAAGAAGUAGAUGUUCUGCUAAACAAUGGCCAUAGAAAACAACAUGAUUUAACGGAGCCUGGUGGAGUUUUAAAACUACGUAAACCAUCUAAGAUAAAUUUCAAAGACACUGGUAAAGCAGCAGAUUUUAUUUUAUCAAGAGUCCACUGGUAUAUAGUAAGAGCUUGCUUCUAA